AUGGCUCAAGAUCCAGAGAGCAACAAGCUCGACUUCCUAGAUGGGGUCAGCUUUUUGCCGUGGGACUGGCGCAAUCUGGGCGCGGCAUUCCAGGACGGCAGGCGCGAGAAGAGCCAAUCCGUGGCGGCCCGCUGCAACUUCACCGUCCGCCGUGGCUUUGACGCGCUCGACGCCGUCGACUAUGGGGGCGUUGUCGAGGGCGUCGGCGACCUGGGCAUCAACCUCCGCAGCAAGGCGUUCGCCUUCCACCUCGGCGCGUCCAACCUCACCUACAAGGGCGGUGAGGACGCGCCGCUCGCCGUCGUGUCCACGUCGCGCGGGCGCCUGGCCAGCCUCAAGCUGACGGUGGCGCAGGAGUAUGCGGAGGACCAGUUUGCCGCGGUGUCGUACGACGUGCUGCAGCGGCGGCCCGAGCUGUCCUUCGCGUGGAGCGGCGAGACCUUCACCGAGCGCGCGACGCUCUCGCUGCACCUGGACCCCGUCGACCGCGCCGCGCGCCUGCGGGCCGCCGUGUCGCUGCCCGGCCCCGAGUGGCGCGACGACGUGUACGACGAGGCGACCGGCAAUGUCGAGAUCCCCGUGGACGACGGCGGCCGCCACGCAGUGUGGGUCGAGCACGAGGCGCGGCGGCGGCAGCUGCUCGCGGCGACGCGCGUCGGCGCGCGGCUGGACCUCGGGCGCGUGGUCAACUGGGCUGCGGACUACGUGGACUACCGCCUGCAGCACCUGAUCCCCGGCCUGGUCUGGAAGAUCCCGCUGAGUCAGCGGCUGUACAACCUGCUGGUACCUGCAGAGGACGAGAACCAGGAGCGGCACCGCAUACGCGGCUGGGCGCUUGAGGCCAGCCACGAUUUCGCGCGGCCCGCGCCGACGGUCGGCGUCAGCAAGCGCAUUGGGCAGCUGGGGCGCGCGGCGGCGACGUACGACGUGGCGGAGCGCACCGGCGAGCUGCGGCUGCGGCUGGGCGGCGUGGUUGCGGCGGCGGCGUUCACGCGGGCGCACGGGGCCGGGUGGAGGGAGUGGAGCAGCCCGGCGCUGUCGCUGUCGGUGGAGCCGCUCGCGUUCUUGUGA